AUGUCUAGUACCAAUACACACACCACACGAAAAGUCCCAACAAAUGGGAUCAUAAGAACGGAAAUUGACCAAGAGGUUGAAAACGCCAGACAAUCAACUCAACCACCAACACACACGACACAAUCUCCCACUUCACACUUUUUCUUUAAUGUUCUAAUCGAAAGAUAUGGCGGGCUUGAACCACUCUUUACAUUCCUUGGACUAAACCCGUUGGUAUUCUUGAUGAUCAGACCGGUGGUUAGUGAUUUGUAUGUGGACAAAAGAGGAAAAAAGUCUUUCUUCUACAAUCCUGACGACCGCAUCCUCCUUCUUUAUUUGUUCUUUAAGUAUGAUAAAUUAAGAAUAAUUCGUGAUCUGUGUCUUCCUUUUGUUAAAACCAAUGAACAAAUAGAAAGAGAAAUCAUAAUAAGUUCAAAACUGUUCCUUCAGAUUAUGAGAGACUCUUUCAUUACAUUUAAGGGCGAGAAUCUCCUUAACACUAAUGUAAGUGCUAUUAUCGAUUGCACGAUGGUUCCUUGUAAUCGACCAAGCACUGAUUUCGCUUCUUCAAUGAUAUUUUACAGUGGAAAGUACAAAGCAUAUUGCAUUAAAAAGGAAGUAAUCGUGAAUGCAGAAAGCGGAACAGCAGCUUUUGUUUCUCAAGGAAAACCAGGAGCACAGCACGGUAUGAAACUUCUGAAAGAAACGGCUCAGGAAAUCAGUCAUAUGCUGGGAGGAAAGAAGAUGAUAGGUGACAAAGGGUACAAGGGAAUUGAUGCUUAUGUUCCCAAUUCGUUUAUCCCAACAACAAGUCCUUUCCUUGAAAAACGUUGCCUUAUUGAAAUAUACUUCGGGAAACUUAAAACCGUCUUUGCUUUUGCAAGAACAAAGUUUGUGAAAGCUUUUGAAAUUUUUGAUGCCAUGUUUGUUCUCUGCUGUUGUUUUUGCAAUGUUGAUAUCCAAAUUAACCCACUUAUUGCGGAAGAUGCAGCUAAUUACCAAAACAUUGUUGACAAUUUCAUGAACAGCAUAGAAGAAAGAAGAAAGCUGCAUCGAGAGAGUAACAGAAUUUAUCGAAGAAGACAACAAAUUCAAAUGAAUGCUCUUAUCAAUGAGCAACACAGAAAUGCCCGAGAAGAUCAAAGCGGAGAAGAUGAGACUGAAAUUGAAGCAGACUUUCGUGAUGAUUAA